GUUCCCAAAACUAUGUCUCAUCUAUAGGAAGAACGGAAAUAAAUUGUUUAUAAAAAAUAAACACAAUCCAGAAAAUAAAUAUAAAGAAAAACUAGAAACAAAUAAAAACCAUAUCAAGUGAAGUGUGUGCUUGAAAGUGCUUUUAAAUCUCUGAAUAAAACCUGAUUAAAAGGUUUCUUAGCCACAAUCCGCAAAUAUGAGUCUGCCGUCGGGUGUGGACAUGCAGAAUCUGAUGUCCCAGCAUCCGGUCUUGGGAGCACUGCCACCUGCUUUCUUCCUCAGAGCCGCCUCCGAACGCUAUCAAAGAACACCCAAAUGCGCCCGCUGCAGGAACCAUGGAGUGGUCAGCGCCUUGAAGGGCCACAAACGCUAUUGCCGCUGGCGGGAUUGUGUCUGCGCCAAAUGCACUCUAAUUGCGGAACGCCAAAGAGUUAUGGCUGCUCAGGUGGCCCUCCGACGCCAGCAGGCCCAGGAAGAAAACGAGGCCCGUGAACUGGGUCUUCUGUACACCUCUGUUCCUGGCCAGCAGAAUGGCAGUGAUAGUGCCACGCCCACUCCGCACAGCCCCAAUCACAGUGGCAGUGGAGGAUCGGCCAGCGGAGGAUCCGGCCAGAACGGCGUCUUUCACGGCGGCAUUCCCUCGCCACCGAGCGACGGCUUCGAGGCCAGCUCCACCCCCAAUCACCACCAGCAGUCGCAGCAGCAACAGUCGCACCACCAGCAGCCACACAACCACCAGCAUCCGGCAUCCCAGCGGUUCAAUGGCAAUGAAUCCGACACGGAUGGACGCACCCGUUCCGAGCACCUCAGCGUGGGCUUCUCGCCCACGAGAACCGAGUUGGACGAGAGUCCCGUUUCCAAGCGUGGAGCUGCCUUGUCGAACGAAACCGACCAGGACACGGGCUCCGAGUCGGGAUCACCGAGUAGUCCGCGGCCCAAGGUCGCAGGACUCUUCAAUCUGACCGCCAGCUUGUCGCCCGCCCGCACAGGACCGCCCAGCUCGCCGGAAUCCGACUUGGAUGUGGAUUCGGCGCCGGAUGAGGCCACGCCGGAGAACCUCAGCCUGAAGAAGGAGGACAGCCAGUCGCCGCCCAAUACGCCCGCCGAAAAUCUACACUUGCUGCGAUCCUUUAGCAGCAGUCAUGCCCAGGGCUUCCUGCCAUAUCAUCACACGCAGUUCCUGGCCGCCGCCGGCCUGCCCGCCCACCACCACCCACCGGCCCACUCGCCGCACCACCAGCAGCAGCAGCAACAACAACAGCAGCAGCAGAACCACCUACCACAGCACCACCAACAACAGCAGCAGCAGCAACAACAGCAACAGCAGAGAUCUCCCAUCGAUGUCCUGAUGAGAGUGUUUCCCAAUCGCCGGCGCAGCGAUGUGGAGCAACUGAUGCAGAGAUUCCGCGGUGAUGUCCUUCAGGCCAUGGAGUGCAUGUUGGCUGGCGAGGAUUUGGGUCAGACACCGCCCCAGGUACCGCCCUCACCGCCCUUUCCCAUGAAGUCCGCCUUCUCGCCCCUGGUACCGCCCUCUGUUUUUGGAUCCCCCACACAUCGCUAUCAUCCCUUUAUGCAGGCCCAUGCCAAGAGAUUCCUCACUGCUCCCUACGCCGGAACUGGCUAUCUUCCCGGGGUUCUCAGUGCGGCGGACAUAGAGCAAUCGGAGUCCAAUGGAGCGGGUGGCAUAGGGUUGGAUCGCACCAGCAACGCCGGGGAUUCCCAGGAUUGAGGCAGCGAGGUUGAGGCCAGCGGUUCCGCCGUCUUCAGGCCUUUCGAGUAAGAUUCUCCCCACGCAUCCUACACUGUGGAAAAAAAAUCUCUGAUAGUCAAGAAUUAAAAAGAAAUUGGCUAAAAAUGUAAUCUAAAUGUUAUAUUUUUUUUAUUACCAUUUUUGCAAUUGGUUUUCAUUAAACAGCUACCAUUUCAAUAAAGUCUUAUCCUAAAUCUUAUUAUUAUUAAAAAAUAAUAUUCUUGAUUUUACAUCAACUGUUUUCCCCAGUGUAAGCCCCCAAUUGGUCCUAGCCAUGCCUAAAACUAAGUGUAAAUUAUAUUUACCCUUGAACUUCUAGCACAAGUAUUGUAACAUAGAAACCGUAAUAAUAAUAUGUUUAAUGAAUUACAAAUUAAGAAAAACCAUACACUCGACCCCAGUUAAGAGCCAUAAGAUGUAUUUGUUUAGCUGAAAUUAUUAUAACACAGAUGAUGAGAUUAUUGUGUAAGGGAUUGUUUGAUUGCAACCAACUAAUUGAGAUAUUCAUGUGUACCAUAUAAAUACGAGCGUAUAUAUUAUAUAUAUUAAAUAUCAUAUUAUGU